CGACGGCCAACGACACGACCACAUAUUCUCCUCUGUCCUUCUUAUAUUUCUCCUCCAACUCCCGUCGGAGGUAAUUAGACAGACGCCGUCAAGAUGCGCUACAUACAUUCCGAGGAGACUUUGACAAUCCCCGAAAAUGUGAGCGUUCACAUCCGCUCGCGGGUUGUGACUGUUGAAGGACCACGAGGCAAGCUGGUUAAGGAUCUGUCGCACCUUGCGGUCUCUUUCUCUCGUCCAAAGAAGAACGUUCUGUCGAUCGAAAUCCACCACGGAGAACGCAAAGCCGUCGCCACCCUCCGCACCGUCAGAACGAUCAUUAACAACUUGAUCAUUGGUGUUACCCGCGGCUUCAAAUACAAGAUGCGUUAUGUCUAUGCUCACUUUCCCAUCAACGUCAACCUUGAUACCAACAAGGAGACUGGAUUGAUUACCGUUGAGAUCCGAAACUUCCUUGGCGAGCAAAUUGUCCGUCGCGUUGUCUGCCAACCUGGUGUUGAAGUUGUCAUUUCCCAGAAUGUUAAGGAUGAGAUUCAAUUGUCCGGAAACUCCAUUGAGGGUGUCUCACAGACCUGUGCAGAUAUCAACCAAGUCUGUCGUGUGAGAAACAAGGAUAUCCGAAAAUUCUUGGACGGUAUAUACGUCUCGGAGAAGGGCAACAUCAUUGAGGAAUAAGGGAGCAACGGUUUGGCGCCAUUUUUCGUCAGAAGGAAUCCGGGAUGACCUUGAAUUGGUGAUGGGAAAAAAAAGCUAGAAUAUUCUCAUAGCAAGGUGCCCAACCAACGGGAACAAUGGAAUCCUCUUUUCUUAAUGUUCUAUAUGCAUACGCUGAGAAAAUGAAACUUACGUGUAUCUUCAACGGGACCCGUCUUCCUACUUUAUUUCGCCCUCCCUUGUUUCGAAAACGAUUGCAGUGCUUUGUUUCCUAUGGCUGGGCUGAUGGCGGCGCAUCUGUUAUGAUUAUCGCUGGGGUUGAGCUGAUAGUUUCAUAACAAUUCUCAACAAACAUUUUAUGACUAUCAAGUUAGUAGAUGUCUAGUUUCGCUUAUAAGCCCCAAAUCUAUAUUUUGCAUGUGCACA